AUGUCCAGAGAAGAGCUCAUCUACAAUGCCAAGCUGGCAGAGCACGCUGAAAGGUACGCUGAUAUGGUCCGCUACGUAAAGCAGCUUAUUGAUGAAGCUGCAGGCGACCUGAACAGCGAGGAAAGAACUUUGCUAACUUUCCCUCCUCUUGAGCAAAAAACUUAUAAAAUUUAGUUCACUUAUGAUGGGUUAAUUUUUUUAAAUUCUAUAUAUAAUUACAAUAAAAUUUUUAUUUAGAAGUUUAAUUUAAUUCAAACAUUUAAAAUUAACACAAUUAUCUAAAGAACUCAUUAUAAAAAUUAUCACUUUUAUAUAAAAAUAUUUUAAUAAUUUUUUUUUUACAAAAACAAUUUUUUGACUCUCAAAGGGUGGUUUUUGACCAAAAAAUAGGUAUUUUUAAUUGUUUUGCUCACACAUGGAGGAGGAUUAAGUGUGGCUUAUAAGCAAGCAGUCGGUGAGCGCAGAAACGCUUCAAGGAUUCUAUCGUCUUACGAAGAAAAGCAACGCUCAAGGGGCUCUGAACAUCUAGAUAUCAUCACUGAGUACAAGCAAAGGGUUCAUAAAGAGCUUCGUGAUCUCUGCAUGGAAGUUGUCCAUCUAGUGGAUGAGAAGCUACUAAAAAAAGGAGAGCCUGAUGAAGUAGAAGUAUUUUAUUUGAAAAUGAAAGGAGAUUACUACAGAUAUUUAGCAGAAUCUGGAGACCAGCAAGUCAUCCAAAGCAGUCUUGAUGCCUAUUUAAACGCUUCAGAAGCAGCAACUCAUUUGCCAGCCAACAACCCAGUAAGAUUAGGACUAGCACUUAAUUUUUCAGUGUUUUACUAUGAAGCAAUGAGAGAACAAGAAAAAGCCUGUGAAUUGGCCAGAAAAACUUUUGAUGAGGCUUUGCCAACUUUAGAAGAACUUGACGAGAGAGCUUACAAGGAGGCCACUUCAAUUUUGGGACUCAUCAAGGACAACCUCACCAUUUGGACCAGCGAGGAUUAA